AUGAUGGCCACAAGUCCAUGGGAAUGGCGGGGGCGCACGGCCAGCAGGAGGGAGCAAAGACGUGUCAGACAAUCGGGGACCAGCUAUCAGAGAUUGCUGCGAUAUCUGCGGUAUCAGACUAUCUGCAUCACAAGAGCAGAAAAGCGCUAUCCGGCUUCUCUGAGCCGAUGCAGUCCAGGCUGGGCGGGGAUGGAAGUCGAAUCAGGACGCGAAUGGGGACGCGGAUAUGAGACGGUAGGGAUUGUGGCGGUCGACCGUAAAGGUGCAGCAUGA